AUGGCAGACAGCAUCACGAUCGGCGCGUCCGCCGCUGUCCGCAGCCUGCACGACGCGGAACAGGGCGUCCACGAGUACGUGGAGGAGCAGUAUCCGGAUGCUGCGUCGCCAGAGAAGGUGCUCGUGCUUCCGUUGCGUCUGAGCGGGUGGUUAUGGCGUAAAGAAGGGCCAAUGAUCUUUUGUCGCUAUCGUCGUCGUUUCUGUGUGUUUGAAGCGCAGCAGAUGGCGCUCUCAGUCUAUUCGGACGAUAAGGUCGCGACCAGAACCCUGUUGCAGUGUCUACUGCUCACGAGGGCGACGCUGUUGAGUCGAGGCGAUCGACUGUUCGAUGUGCAGGGGCACGUGCACGACCAGGAGGUGCAGAAGGAGACGGCCGAGUCGCGUGCUCGACGCGCGAGGGGGUCGCCAACACAGGGGAUACGUGGAAGCGGUCGUUUGGAGUGCACGCGGUGCGAAACAGAGAGGUUCAAAGCCGUGUCGGCGAAGUCCUGUUGUGUCUGGGCGCACUGUUUUAAGCAUCAGAUGCAGAGCUCCGAUGUGCGCAGACUGGAGAUGGAACACGAGACGAGCCAGAAGGGACAUGCUAUUGGGACUGUUGCCGUUGACGUGACGAUAGCUGACAAAGGCAGUCACGGAAGGAUGGAGACCGGCAGUAGCUUUGUCUUCGAGGACGCUACAAAGAACGCGAGACGCCGUUUGCUACCUCUAUGCAACAUUUGGGCUUCUGGUGGUACUGCAUGGUUUACACACUCGAAAUCCAGCAGUAGUACAAGCGGUGGAAACAUGGUGGUCAAAACAAGAGAACGCAUGGAAGAAAAUGCUACUGAGGCAUAUAGGGCAGCCCCCUCUCGAGUCCAGUUUGAUCAAGGUACUCGAUCAGUCCUUGACCAAAGCAAAUUGUCGGCGGACAAGAACUCGCUGACGAAAGCAGCAACGGAAAUCUCGAACGCGCAGGUUGGAAAGACAGCUGACACAACACCCCACACUUUCCAUUCGAAGCUUCCUUGUACGAUACCGGAUUGGGAAAGUGAAGAGCUUUUCUCGCAUCGUGUUGAUUUUGAUGCUAUCGCUCUGCAGAAAAAGCUAGCUGCUGGCGCAAGUGGCCAAGUUUGGCACGCGCUGUACCGGUCGCAAGAGGUUGUCGUGAAGAAACUGCUGGACAUAGUCACGAGGGAUGCUACAUUACCAGCAUCGUCCAACAAAGAUGCGGUCAAUAGUGUUUGUUGCCGCCGUCAAGCCCUUCUCGAUUUCGCUCAGGAGAUACGGAUCAUGUCACGGCUCGAGCACAACCGCAUUGUCGAGUUCCGUGGAGCAGCCAUCAGCCCAGAUAAUGAUUUGCUUUUGGUCAUGGAGUUUUUGCCUCGAGGCGACCUUCGAACGUUUCUUCAUGCCGUCAAACGCAAAUGCAAAAGUGCUUUCGAACGUAACGAUGGUCGUGAACAAUUUCAAAGCAUCUGGACGUGGACGAAACAACAGUGGCGUCUGGCAAUUGACAUCAUUGAAGGGCUCGUGUAUCUCCACUCGUUGAGCCCGCCUCUAGUGCACGGCGAUCUCAAAUCAGCCAACGUCCUGUUGCGCAGCGAUCUCCGUGCAAAACUGACUGACUUUGGUCUAUCGCGCUACAUCGAAGUCGAUGAAGGUGAAGACUUGACGCUGGACAAAAGAGGCGACGAUGCUGCCGACAGAGACGGCUCUCGAGCUCGUGGCACCGGACGUUGGAUGGCUCCAGAGUUGAUCAAAUCUGCGGCGCAGACGUCGAUGGAGUCGGACGUGUAUGCGUUUGGCAUUGUGCUGUCUGAGAUCGACACGUGUGAGUUGCCGUUUCACGAUCGGGAGAAGCUGGUGGCGUAUCCAUUUUUUCCUCGGAAGAGUAGCGCAAGCAAAAGCAGUUGCAAGGACGUCGACGCAUGCUUACUGAACGAGAGCAGUGUCGUGCACAAGAUUGUGCAUCAAGGAUGGAAGCCCACGUUUCGCGUGACGUGCCCGGAGAGCAUCAAGAAGCUUGCGCUCGAGUGUCUGUCGGCAGACCCAACGAAUCGCCCUACGUCGCUGGCGGUUGCGCAUCGACUGCGCAAAGCUGCCAUUCAGCGCGAACGGCCCGAGGUUCUCGCUGCGCAGGCCAAAGCCACCGCGUUGCUCCAUGUUCGCUGA